GGGAGGUGCUCAGCUGGGAACGGGGAGAAAGACACCAGCGCUGAGGGAGAGGACACACACACACACACACACACAAUGUGAGAGACAUGGGAGUGUGAUCAGAGCUGGAAUGGGUUGGUCUGUACUGUAGGUUGCUCUGCAGACCUGUUUCUGGAGGGAAGCAGAGGGGCUGGACACAGGAGACGGACACAGGAAUUCCAGGUCACAAGGGCUCCUGUGGCAGAGCACAGCCUCGGCUGGGCUGGUAUUCCAACCUCUCCCUCUCACGGUCAUGAGUGUGACGGACGUAGAGUAGAACCACGGAGGAACAGAUAUUAAGAAACAGAAAGUCGUGGGGUGUAUUCUAGGGAAACUAAGAGACUUUACCUCAAGGGUCUGGACCGACCCCUCAUGAUGGGAUCCACUGUGGAGUUUGCCUGCUUGCUGCUGGUGGCAUCCACUCUGGGAAAGAACCACUUGGCGUCUGCAGGUUGUUCAGGGAAAUGCUGUCGGGGCAGAGACUUGAGCUGUCUGACCACCGACUGGAGGAUGGACCGUGUGUUCGGGACGUGCUUCUGCGACGAGGGCUGCGUCAGGACCAAGGACUGCUGCUUCGACUAUUUCAAAGAGUGCCCAGCUCAGGACUGCGCUGUGAGCGACUGGAGCUUUUGGAGCGGCUGUGCCAAGCCCUGUCAGCCUUCAGUGCGAGUCCGUGUCCGUCACGUAGAGCAGCAGCCCAGUCACAGCGGAGAGCCCUGCCCCAGCCUGGAGCAACGGAGCGGCUGCAGGGAGUACAGAGACCACCAGGGCCGACACUGUGGACUCAACUCAGGUCCUGCCUUCAUCACCAGCAUGGAGUUUGGCAAGGGAAGGCCCAAACAUGACAACUAUGGAAACCCCCUGCAGCCUGGGUUCUGUGUGGAAUUCACACUGGAGUCCCGGACGCCCCACUGUACAGUGCAGAACCGGCCACACACACACUGGAUGCGCUACAUUACAGAGGGCUUUAAAGUGUGUGUGGCGUGUGAACCUCCCGCCAUGCGAAACAACAGUGGCAGCUGCCAAGGAGACGGUCAGGAAUCAGACAAAGAAACUCUGCUCCACUGGCAGGCAGUGGGGAACCAUCAGUGCAGCGGGACGUGGAAGAAGAUCCAGAAAACCCAGCAGUGCGACUGUCCGCCACAACACAGCUUCAUCUUCAUCUGAUCCAAACAAAGCACCCACAGAACAUUCUGUGUCCACAAUAACAUUUCAAAGCUGCCCUCAUCGGUCAGACUGAAAUACUGUGUUCGGACCAGAUGCCUCAACACUGCAGGCUUUCAACACAAAGCAGAGACUUGACGGUGGUGCAGUGCAAUUACGUCUCUAAUAUAUAUAUGAGCUACACACUGAUAUACAGCAUGAAAUCACCAUGCACAUUGUUCUCUGUAAGUCCGCACCACACUGAUGUAUCUUGUACAGUAUUUCACCUGUUUUUUAGAACACAUUCAGCACCUAUCAAAGUUGAUUUUGCAUAUUUUUAUUGUAACACGCCACUGUUGUGUUUGUUUUUUAACAUUUUUCUGUAAAAAUGUUUAACUUAAAAUUAUAAAAAUGUGUUACAUUUGUGAGCUGAUUCUUUUUAAGGGUACAAAAACAUGAUUCCUCAUCAUACAAACAAAACAGCCCAGAUCAUUGGUCUGUGUUGAGCGCCCUCUGGUGGUGAUA